AUGACGACUGAGAAACCAUCGGCCUCGUUGGAUACUUGGAGAGACUAUUUUCGUCGAGGAGAUUCUGAUAUCUUUGGGAUCAUCGAGCAUGCCAUCAUGGUGGCUGCCGCUGAUUUGCCAAAGGAGUUCAAAGCCCGGAGAGACACAAUCACCGAGCUUCUCUUCUCUUGUCAAGUGGGCCGCUGCAUUGGAUGUGGCCAGCGUGAGCUGUCAAAAGCUGUCCACGAAGAGGCCAACAGUGACCGUAAGAGCGUGGAGACAGUUGGAGUCGAUUCUGGUGGUCAUGAAGAAGAUGAGACGAAGUUGAACGUUGAUGAGAUUGUUGAUGAGGUCAUGAGGAUCAAAUAUAUCUUGUUGAACAAAAAUAAUGAGCCAUAUGUGCUAGUCGAAUCCCUGACAAAUCUUGCGUCCAUAUCAAUGAGUGUGGAUCUUAUUAAGGAAACUAAAAUCGGAAAGGUUGUCAAUGGCUUGAGGAAGCAUGGUUCAUAUAAGAUUAAAAAACUUGCAAAGACUCUUAUUGUAAAGUGGAAAGCGAUGGUGGACCAGUGGAGUAACAUGCCUAAGGAAGGUGCUGGUAAUAGCUCUAUCUCCUCAUGUAACCUAUUUGCAACUUUGUCAAUAGUUGAUGAAGCAGAAAGCUUUCCGUCUCUUCCACAUGACCUAGUUCUUUAUGCACGUGAACCUACUGCAUUAGAAAUCUCUAAGAUGUUUUCAGAUCUUCUUGACAGUCAUGUGCAGCCCAAACAUGAAAGAAAAGUGCAAAGUAGAAUGAUUAGGAAACUUGAUGGUACAUGUGAAGCCAAUGUGGUUGGGAGGGACAAAAAGAAUCAGCAGAUGAGGAGAGAAGAAUUUGAUGUUAGACCUAUGAGGCACUCAGCACCUGUUCUUGAUGAGCCUAUAAGAAAAUCAAAACAAAACAAAGGAGAAAUGGUACGUGCCAUCCAAAGGAUUGAUGGAUCUCAACAAGAUACACACAAAGCUCUUGAUCAAGAGGCUAAAUUUGAGAAUACAAAGAAGAGAAUCCAAGAGAGCUACCAACAACAUGAGAAUGCCAAGAGGCAGAGGACGAUUCAAGUACUGGAAACGAUCCCAGAGCAAAGAAAAGCCCAGAGACCACUACUCAAGAUCAGACCCAUGCGAAGAUAG